GUAAACUUCCGUGAAAUGGGAUUUGGCUGUUGGACAGAUCCGGAUCGGUUUGACCUGGGACAAUGUCACAGCUAUGACGUAGAUUAACUGACAGUCCCUCUGCCUUAAUGUUAUUUUGCUCCGCCGACAGAUUCAUUCCUGAGAGAUUGCCUGAAGGAUAAUGAAGGGUUCGACAGCACGUGAAACAAAGCCCGUGGUUAACAACAACAACGUUGACAGUUCUAACACAUUCAGCGACAACGUUAACUCCAUGGCGAAUCAAGAACAUAAUGACAGGGGCUGUCGCAAAGCCGCGGAAGAAGAGGACCCAAUAAUUUUAUUUAAGCGACUCUACCAGAAAGCAGAGGCUUUGGGUUUAACGGAUUUGCAGAUAUCCGAGUUGGAGUCGUUAAAAAAUAUACAGCAGUCGAAAUUUAUCUUUUUGAAAAAGUAUUUUAACAUUGCUUUGACCGUCUUUGUAGCAGCAGUUGCUAUAGUGUGCGCGUGCUUUAUACUCGAUGCACCUGUGAAAAGAAAAGUCAUGUUGUCAGCAUGGUUUGAGUUGUUUGAUACAGACAUGGAGAAGGAACAGUGUGUUGUGGACACACACGAACUGAUGAUGGACUCUUUUAGACCCCCUGUAGACUGUAGUGUGUGUCAAGGAAUUGAACAGGUAGAUCAUGUCAAAGAUAUCACGCCGAAAGAGUUUGAACAACGAUAUGCAUAUUCUGGCAGACCAGUUGUCAUCGUUGAUGGUGCCAAAAAUUGGACAGCAACUGAGAUAUUCAGUUGGGAAUUUUUUAGAAGUAUAUAUUCAGAAGACAGUCCCGCACUUGAGAAUCAAGAGCAGCAUUGUCAGUUUUUUCCUUAUAAAACAGAGUUCCGAAAUCUUCGAGAGGUGUUCAACAUGAGUGAAGAGAGGGCUCACAUGAAGGCAGGGGCAACUCCCUGGUAUAUUGGAUGGAGUAACUGUGAUGCAUCUGCGGCUAACAUUCUGCGUAACCACUACACAAGGCCAUACUUCCUACCCCAUGCAGCAGAAUCCAGCAAAACUGAUUGGAUCUUCAUGGGCAGCCCCGGGUAUGGGGCCCAUUUACAUAUCGAUCAUGUAGGCAACCCAUCCUGGCAGGCCCAGGUGACGGGCACCAAACGAUGGACACUAGAGCCCCCACCUGAGUGUUACGAUGUGUGCUCCCAGCAUCUAGAGGUGAUUCUUCACCCUGGGGAAAUCAUUGUUGUAGACACAAACAGUUGGUUCCACUCAACUCUCAAUGUGGGGGAUGAUAUCAGUAUUUGCAUCGGCUCAGAGUAUGACUGAAGACACUAUAUAUGGAAUAUGUCCGUGAACAAGGAUGAGAGAUAAACAAAGGGUUAGCUGAUGAUUGUCAUAUUACUUCCUUUUAUUAACAAGGACAUAUUUAUUCGAACAAAUCAAUGUUGCACCAUAUUACAUGUCUAAUAUAUACAGUUUUUAAUAGAUGGAAUGGUUUUCUUGUUAUGUCCAGAAACAUUCAUCUUGACAAGCGAGUUUUGUCGUUUUAAAUUGUACUUCAGCAUACAUUGUAUUUAAUAUUUGCAUAAGUGUUUUUGACGUGCUAGUGGCUGAUUUUUACUUGUACAUAUUCUGAUUUAAGAUCGAGAAGUGAAAAUCGAGCUCGGAAUUUCACCCAUAAGUGUGCAGUUUUAGAGGCCACGAAAUGUCGUAAAUAUUGCUUUUGUUGAUAAAUUUUAAAUUUUGACGGUAGGAUAUCAACCUAUUUUCAAAACAAACUAUAAAACACCUUUCUUAGAUCAACAGAUCUCGCAGUCAGAGAAAAUGUGCAAGGUUGUCAUAGAAGAAAUUUUAUGUCAAUUUACAUGUGAUUUUAUUGAGAAACGUCUACCUGAUGUGCAUUCUUUAACCUAGUGCUUCUUAACCCUAGGUACGCUUCUUGAAACCGAGGCCUGGAUUUUUGGGGCCUGAAUAUUAUACUGAAGUUUGAAAUUUGACGUUCCAGAAGGUCACUCUGUACAGUUGUCUUAUUUGUCUUAUUUGUCUUAUGUUUGUAUAGUGGUGAUAUAGCUAUCUGCUUAUAUAAUCAGGUCAUAUAAUGGGAAGUUCGUCUCAAAUCUGUGCCGCUCAUUCCAAACGUUUAUUAUGGCAACAGCAGUCAUUCCAGUUACACGUCCCACAUGUUUAUAGACUUGUAGCAAUUUUCAGAGAUCAUCUUGUCCUAGUUUAUCCGUUCUCAGAAAAAAAAGAAUAAUAAUAAUAAAAAAUAAUAAUAGCUUGUUACUUCUAGACCUUGAUGUUUUGGGAAAUGCAAUGGAGUUUUGUGAAAAGUUACACAAAAAGUAUUGUUUUGUGAAAGUGAACGUUAUCGUAAUGAAAUUGUUGAUCAACUAUGGGUCUUUUCACUAUUUUCUAUGUUUUAAUCAUUGUAUAUUUUAUAUUUUAAAUAUCAUUUUGUUUUCUCUCAUUUACACUGUGUAUGCUAUGACAAUCCACUAGUAGAUAAUGUUGAUGACAUUUGAUUUUACAUAUGUCGUCAAUAAUAUGAAAGAUGUUUUUUUUUUUUCAUUUAUGACUGAACAUCAUGUGUCAUUUUUGUUGUCACCCUUAAAUACAUGCAUAAUAGUGAGAAAAACAAGCAUAUAUAUUGUAUAUAUAAGAAUAAAUUAUUACAUAUAUCUAUGUGUAUUAGUGCUUUACAAUCAGACUAAAAUUUUAGUAGGUAUUGUGUUAAGAAAUUUGACUUUAUAGAUAGCCAAAAUGUGUUCAGUUAAUGAAUCAGAAAAUUGCACAUUUUCUCCAGAACAUGUUGGAUUAAUGAUGGCGGUCUGUUACAGUAGAAAUUCAAGAAAGUGAAAAUUUAAGAGUGAUGAAUUUAAUGUUUUUUGACCUACCAGUAAUUACUUCUGAAUGUGUACCUUAAAGGGAUAUACAAUUGAUUCUGAUUGGCUGGUGUGAGAGAUAGGCCAGUUUAGACUAGGCCUGAUUGGUUGGUGUGAGAGAUGGGCCAGUUUAGACUAGGCCUGAUUGACUGGUGUGAGAGAUAGGCUAGUUCAGACUUGGCCUGAUUGGCUGGUGUGAAAGAUCGGCCAGUUCAUAUUAGACCUGAUUGGCUGGUGUGAGAGAUAGGCCAGUUCAGACCAGGCCUGAUUUGCUGGUGUGAGAGAUAGGCCAGUUCAGACUAGGCCUGAUUGGCUGGUAUGAGAGAUAGGCCAGUUCAGACUAGGCCUGAUUGGCUGGUGUGAGAGAUGGGCCAGUUCAGACUUGGCCUGAUUGGCUGGUAUGAGAGAUGGGUCAGUUCAGGCUUGGCCUGAUUGGCUGGUAUGAGAGAUGGGCCAGUUCAGACUAGGCCUGAUUGGCUGGUAUGAGAGAUAGGCCAGUUCAGACUAGGCCUGAUUGGCUGGUGUGAGAGAUGGGCCAGUUCAGACUUGGCUUGAUUGGCUGGUAUGAGAGAUGGGCCAGUUCAGGCUUGGUCUGAUUGACUGGUAUGAGAGAUAGUCCAGUUCAGGCUUUGCCUGAUUGGCUGGUGUGAGAGAUAGGCCAGUUCAUACUAGGCCUGAUUGGCUGGUGUGAGAGAUUGGCCAGUUCAGACUAGGCCUAGCCAAAACUGAAUUUUAGGUAUGACUGAUUUAUUCAAGCGAGCAUGACCAAGGCUGCUGGGUUCAACCCAGGAAGUCUAGAUAUUUUAACCACCCAUAAUUAAGAGAAAAUGUAAGUCGCUAGCACAUUUCCCCCAACAACACCACAAAAUGAAACGAAGUGCACAGCUCUAAAGCGGUAUGACGAAUCAUAAUAAGGAAGCGCAACAA